UUUGUUAUUCGAACAAAAUUUUUUAAAUAUACUUACGACGACAUCACGUUCUUGGUGCUUUACUCUAAAAUUUGUGUUGUUUGAAUGAGAAAAUAUAAAUUCAAAAAUGUUCUUAAUAUUUUUCAAUUAAUUUGCAUAUUGAUGCGUAUUUAUGUGUAACGUUGACACAAGGUAGUUGAUUGUUGCUUGGUAGGAUACGGUCCAUGAAAUCACGUGUAUUAAAAUCUACGUGGGAUGUUGGGCGCUAUCACCCCCACGAACCCCCACGAGUAUACCGAAAUGUCUCGGUUAGCCGACUACUUUGUUGUGGUCGGCUACGACCACGAAAAAGAGAGAGGGGGUAUAAGUAAUGGAAUCAUUUUACAAAGGUUUCCAGAAAAGGAUUGGUCAGAUACACCAUUCAUAGAAGGGAUAGAAUGGUUUUGUCAACCACAAGGAUGGGCCUUAUCUACAGAAAGACAGGAACCAAGAUUUUUUGUAUCUAUUUUAACUGAUAUUGAUGCAAAUCGUCAUUAUUGUGCUUGCAUGUGUUUUAAUGAAACAGUGUCUAUUUUGCCAAGUAAGCCUGUAGACGAAGAAGAAGAUCCUGUAGAUGGUGAUAGUCGUUCUUUGGUUAGAACAAUACCCACAAUUGCACAUCAUAGCAUUAUGUAUGCACCUAAAUGUCUGGUGCUGGUUUCCAGACUUGAUUACAUUGAAACCUUCAGAAAUUGUCUUGGCAUUAUAUACACAGUGUAUGUAGAAAAUCUUGGAAUACCAUUAGAGACUCUUGUAGGAAACAUAUUAGGUUGUAUACAAGUACCACCUGCUGGUGGACCACAAGUAAGAUUUAGCAUUGGUGCAGGGGAUCGUCAAGCACUUCAGCCUCCAAUUAGUCCUUCUCUUCCAAUAACACACAGUAGUGUAAAUCUUUUAUUUCAGCAACUAGGAAUUCGUAAUGUACUAGUAUUAUUCUGUGCUGUUAUGACAGAACAUAAAAUACUUUUUCAUUCUGCAAGUUAUUCACGAUUAACAGAAGGAUGUCGUGCUCUUACUGCAUUAAUGUAUCCAUUUAGAUAUACGCAUGUUUACAUUCCUCUUCUACCAGCAGCUUUAGUUGAAGUACUCAGUACACCUACUCCAUUUAUUAUGGGUGUACAUAGUUCACUAAAACAUGAAGUUGCAGAACUUAUGGAUGUAAUAGUUGCUGAUUUGGAUGGAGGUUCUAUUAUGGUUCCAGAUGGGGUUUCACUCCCAUUACUUCCAGAACCACUUCUUUCACAAACACAAGAUGCAUUAUCUUUAGUAUUACAACCAGAAUUGGCCUGUGCAGAUUAUGCUUUUCCCCCAUUGGCAACAAGGGCGCCUCAUUCUCCUAUGUUAGAUAAAGAAUUACGAGCAGUUUUUAUGAGAACUUUUGCUCAACUAUUGCAAGGAUAUAGAAGCUGUUUAACAUUAAUAAGGAUUCAUCCAAAGCCAGUCAUAACAUUUCAUAAGGCAGCUUUUUUAGGAGAACGUGGCCUGACAGAUUGCGAUUUUACAACUAGAGUUUUGGAUUGCAUGUUUUUUACUUCCUUUAUUGCAGAAAGGGGACCACCAUGGAGGCCUUGUGAUGUAUGGGAUGAACUGUAUAAUAAUUUAAGUGACCAGUUGAAACAAGAAGCACAAGAUCAUAGGCUUAUUUUAACCCAUAUACAAGAAUUAGCACAACAAUUAUACACAAAUGAAAAUCCAAAUCCUCAACCAUAUGUACAAAAAAUUUUAAAACCACCUGAGGGAGCAUUUGCUAGAAUACAUCAACCACUAUUACCACGCAUUAAUCCAGAACAAGUUCAAGCAAUUAUAGAUGAGGGUCUUGCCAAAAAUAAUCUUAAAGUUAGAUUGUCAUCAUUAAGACCAUCACAGCCUCGAAUUGUACCUAUGGGUCCACAUAUUUCAUUUGUUCAUGAUACAAGACAUUUGGUUAGCAAUUCUGCACGUAGACUGGAAGUUCUGCGUAACUGUAUAAACUGUAUAUUUGAGAAUAAAAUAUCUGAUGCCCGUAAAACGUUUCCAGCUGUUUUAAGAGCUUUGAAAAGCAAAGCUGCUCGUUUAGCGCUUUGCAUGGAAUUAUCACAGCAUGUUGUCGGAAACAAAGCCAUGUUAGAACAUCAACAAUUUGAUCUUGUAGUUCGGUUAAUGAAUUGUGCAUUGCAAGACGAUUCAUCAAUGGAUGAGCAUGGAGUUGCUGCUGCACUUCUCCCUCUUGCUACAGCAUUUUGUAGAAAACUUUGCACGGGAGUAAUUCAAUUUGCUUAUACUUGUAUUCAAGAACAUCCUGUAUGGCAAAAUCAACAAUUUUGGGAAGAUGCAUUUUAUUUGGAUGUUCAAAAAGAUAUUAAGCGUUUAUAUCUCCCUGGUGAAAAUUCUCCACCACGACUUACAAAUGAUGGUAUCUUAAGUCCUAUUAGUCCACGCGAUGGCAAAGAAUUUCCAUUUCGCGAUCGAUAUUCAAUUUAUCAAAUUCAGGAACCAUCAGCUCUUGAAAUAGCUGCUGAACAAAUGAGAAUUUGGCCAACUAUAGAUCCAGAAAAACAAAAGGAACUUAUUGCAAGUGAAGAAAGUACCAUGUAUAGUCAAGCAAUUCAUUAUGCAAAUAGAAUGGUUUAUUUAUUGGUUCCAUUAGAUAUAGGAGCAAAAACUCAUCGCCAAGAUAAUAUUUAUGACGAUGAAAGAGCGAGUAAUAGUAUUACAAAUAGUGUAGCAAGCGAUAGUGGUGAUGCAGAAUCUGGAUUUGAAGAAACUGAUCCUGGAGAGACAGGUAGUGCUGUUAUUCGAAUGGUUUCACGAUUUGUAGAUCGUGUUUGUACUGAAGGGGGUGUAAGUGCUGAACAUGUUAGAUGCUUACAUCAGAUGGUUCCUGGUGUUGUUCAUAUGCAUAUUGAAACUCUAGAAGCUAUACAUAGAGAAAGUAAAAGAUUACCUCCAAUACAGAAGCCUAAAAUUUUGACACCUAAUAUGUUACCUGGUGAAGAAGUUAUUAUGGAUGGUUUGCGUGUUUAUCUUUUACCAGAUGGAAGAGAAGAAAGUUCUGCAGGGUUACCAAAGAUACCACCACUCUUGCCAGCAGAAGGAGCAAUUUUUCUUACUAACUAUAGAAUUGUAUUUAAAGGAAUACCUUGUGAUCCAUUUGCCUGUGAACAAUUAGUAGUUCGUGCUUUCCCCGUUACAUCUUUAACUAAAGAAAAACGAGUUGCUGUACAACAUUUAGCACAUCUAGAUCAGUGCUUACAAGAAGGUCUUCAAUUACGAUCGUGUACUUUUCAAUUAAUAAAAUUAGCCUUCGAUGAAGAAGUAACACCCGAAAAUAUUGAAACUUUACGAAAAUUAGUUCAUAAGGCUCGUUAUCCACCACAUAUAUUUCAUCAUUUUGCUUUCAAUGGUCAAGUAUUAGUUACUCAGACUGCACAUCAUAAAGGAAAAGAAAAGAAUGCUACCCUUAAAGGGUUUGCUAAGAAAACGCUUUUAAAGACUGCACGUAAAGCUGGUUUUAAACCAAAGCAGUCAUCUAAAAGACAAAAAUAUGUCUUGCCAAAUAUGAAUAUGAUCACUAAUAAUAAAUACAUGACAUCACCUGGAAGAAUGAGUUUACCAGUAACAGAUAAUAAUGAUUUAAGUCAUGAUGAUGAUCUUAGUGUAGAUGAUUUUGAAAUUCCUGGUAUUGUGACUCAACCACCAACUGAUGCCAAAACCUUAGAACGGUUAUCAGAACGUAGUUACGUUAGAGAUUGGUAUCGCUUAGGAUUAUACUCAAAUGGACUACACAACAAUCGUAGGAACGAACCAUUUCGAUUGUCUUCUGUGAAUUGUGCCUAUAUGAUUUGCAGAAGUUAUCCCGCUCUUCUUAUAGUUCCCUCAUCAGUGUCAGAUGAAAGUAUCCGCAGAUUUUGUCGACUUUAUAGACAUAAUAGAAUACCUGUUAUUACAUGGAGGCAUCCGAGAACAAAAGCGCUUUUGAUUAGAGGCGCUGGUUAUCAUGGGAAAGGUGUCAUGGGCAUGCUGAAGGCUCACCCAGCAUCUGCUGCUAACUUAAAAGCUACAUCUUCUGAAACCACAUCAUCUUUGGAACAAGAAAAAUAUAUUAUGGCUCUUGUAGCUGCUACACCAUUAUCUGCACUAAGGCAAGGUUCUGCAUGGGGAAUGUCUGACAGCUCUCUUAGUAUUGAUUCUUUAUUAUUAGCUGCUGAAGAUCGUAACGCUACACCUGAACAAUCACGAAGAAAUCCAUUUAAUAAAGCUAUUGGAACAUUAAGUUCAUCCGGAGGUAAGGGACCUAAAAAUUUUGGUCGUUGGGGUUCACUAAAAGAUAAAAGACAUAAUUCCCAAGUCUCUUUAACUUCAGUUCAUCAACGUGGAACUGUUAGACACUCCGCGGAUUCAGACAGCGGUACCGAAUGCGUUCAUACUUUUCAACGCGCUGCAUUAUAUAUUCUUGGUGAAAAAGCACAUAUGAAGGGUGUUAAAGCGGAAUCAGCGCCAAAAACAGAUUUCAUUCCAGUGGAAUAUUAUGAUGUAAGACAUACCAAAGCUGCAUUUAAGAAACUUAUGCGAGCCUGUGUUCCUAGCUCUCCAAAUGUAGAGCCUGACCAAAGUUUUUAUAAAUUAAUUGAAAGUUCAGAAUGGUUACAACAACUUCAAAAUUUAAUGCAAUUAGCUGGUGCUGUAAUUGACUUAAUGGAUGUUCAAGGCUCAUCAGUAGCUGUUUGUUUAGAAGAAGGUUGGGAUACUGCAGCAACAGUGUGUUCUGUUGCACAAGUAUGUCUUGAUCCACAUUAUAGAACCAUUGAAGGUUUUCGAACAUUGAUCGAAAAAGAAUGGCUUGGAUUUGGACAUAGAUUUGGACACAGAAGUAAUCUUGCAGCAAAUUCGCAAACUACAAAUUUUACUCCCACUUUUCUUCAGUUUCUUGAUAUAGUACAUCAAAUUCAAAAGCAGUUUCCAUUAGCGUUUGAAUUCAACGAAUAUUAUCUAAAAUUCUUAGCAUAUCAUUCGGUUUCUUGCCGUUAUCGUACAUUUUUAUUGGACUGCGAAUUUGAUAGAGUGGAAUGUGGCAUUACUGCUGUUGAAGACAAAAGAGGAUCAUUGACAAGUCACCAUAAAGGUGUAGAUACGGGUAGCGAUGAUGAAACAAUUUAUCCUGGCGGUAGAUUAGCAGGAACAAAUACAGGAUGUAAUCUUGGUCAAAGUAUAUUCGAUUACAUAGAAAAACAACAUGCACGAUGUCCCUUGUUUUAUAAUUUCAUGUAUACUCCUAAUACCGAAAAUAUAAUAUUAAGGCCCGUUUCACAUCUGCCAAAUCUCGAUAUUUGGCAAUAUUAUUUAGAAGAAGAGCUGGCUCAUGGGCCUGCCUAUGAUUUAGAAGUGUUACAGCAAGAUUCUCAACAGGAGGAAGAAGCAGAAGCUGCUGAUGGUGUUGUUAAAAGUAACCGCAAAGUAGUUACACAAGGGUAUGAUGGUGUAUGUUCAAUGGUUCCCGAUCAAUUUUCUCAUCUCUUAGAAGAGAUUCAUAAAUUAGAAACUGAAUUGGGCCAUUUACCACAAAAAUGGAAAGUUCUUUGGGACAAACUUGAAUUGCCAAAUACAGAUUCACUUGCUAGACAUGCAUCGUUUAGCACUGCAUUAGUCAGAUAUCAUGGUCGAUUGAUUCAUAAACGUUCUACAUUAGAAUUACUUUUAAGAGGUAAACUUGCAAGUGGAAGUACUUCAGGAAAUGAUGGAUCUGUUUAUGCACAUCCUCAUAGAUUCGAAAGAUUAGAUUCAGCAACACCAACCCAUUGUGAUGCAUGUUCUGGUGUAUUAUGGGGACCAGUAAAAGCUGGUUUACGGUGUGUGGAUUGCGGACAUGUGUGUCAUGAUAAAUGUGCCGAUGCAGUACCAAAAAAUUGUACAAAGUAUAAGACAGUGACUGACAAUUUACAAACACAUACACUCACGCGAAGCGGUGGUGAUAAUGGGAGCGUAAAUUCAAGUGUUACCACAAUACAAACCUCAUCACAACAAUAUUACGAACAAUUCUCUAGUAAUGUUGCUGAAAAUAGGACCCAUGAAGGCUACCUUUAUAAAAGAGGUGCUUUACUAAAAGGUUGGAAACAGAGGUGGUUCGUGUUGGAUUCUAUAAAACAUCAACUAAGGUAUUAUGAUGCCAUGGAAGAUUCUCAUUGUAAAGGAUAUAUAGAUUUAGCUGAAGUAGUGUCCGUAACUCCAGCUCAACCAAUGCCAGGGCCACCAAAGAAAACAGAUGAUAAAUCAUUUUUUGAUCUUCGUACGAACAGACGAACAUAUAACUUUUGUGCUGGCGAUGCAACGACUGCGCAAGAAUGGAUCGAAAAAGUCCAAGCGUGCUUACAGUAG